AUGAACAAUAUUAGAAAUAAUGGCUAUAGAGAAGAAAAAUCAUUCUGCUAUUUCCACCCUAAACAACUUCUUCUUGGGGUGUGCCCCUUCUGCUUGAAUGAGAGGUUACUCAUAGUGGCUGCUAAACAAGGUCACCGCCACCGCCACCGUUCUUCUUCCUCCAAAUCUUCCCACAGGCUGCAAACUUCCACUCACACAAAACCACCCUCUUCCAUUCACAAGAUCUUUGCUUUUGGUUCUCUCUUCACUCGCCAUGAAUCCCACCACUGGAAAUCUCACAACUAUGACUGUAAUUAUGAUGAUGUCUCUCCCACUCCAGAAGAGUCAUUCAUCUCAAUGAAGUUUGAAGAGAAUGGGGUGGCAUCGUGGGAAAAGAGCACAGUGUCGAAGAAGGUGUCCCUAGAGAAGUGCAACAGGAAGAUGGCGUGGAAGGAUCAAAACAAGGAGAAGAGCGUGAUAGAGCAUGGGAAGUCACGUGAGGUGUUUAGGUGGCGAAAGAGGAUAGGGCACAUGUUCCAGCUCAUACGGUGGAAGAAGAGUGGUGGUGUGUGCCACGUGGAGGGAGUGAAGGUGAGAAAGGGUGGUUGGAUGAGGACUCUGACAAAGAGAAAAAUGACCAUCGAAUAA